AUGUUUGUAAAACACAAAGACAUUAAAAAAUGUUUGCAAAACACGAAGCCACAGACGUCUGGAAGACAAAGAAAAUAUGGCUGGAAGUCGUGUCUGCAAAACAUGUCUGCGGUCUGCCAGUCAUUUUUUCGAAGACACAAAGACAUGUCUUUGAAAAUUUGCACAACACUGUCUGUGGGUACUUUUAAGAAUGUUAAGAAAACUUCAAAUGAAGAAUGUCAAGAACCAUUUCAUUGCGAAACGUGGACACAAUGUGAAGGAGAAAACCUGCAAUUUAUUUCAACCGAUCCCAAUAAAGUGGCACAACAUUUCCUUAUUCCUUACACUGUUGUCUAUUUACUGGCUGAAUUGAAUGGAGGAAGCAGCGAAUUAGCUUCAUGA